AUGGCGAGCAGCGCCCCGCAGGUCGAUGUCAUCCUCAGCGUCGUCACCAACGAAAUGAGGUCAGUGCGAAGCGAGUUUGACAAGAAGCUCAACGCAGUGGUUCUUGCCAACAUUGAGUAUCAGGAGGGUGAAGAUCAGGUCCUUGAAGGGCACAAGGAGAGAGGCCGCGCCUUGGCAGAGGCCGAGCGUCGGUUGAAGAGCGAGGGGCCAACCUCCCGAGAAACGCAGGAGAUUGAAGACAAGCUGAAGAGAUUGCAGGACAGUCAGCAGCAAAGUAUGUUGAAGAUAGCAGGCCUGCGAUCUGCCCACAAGCAUGCUGAGGCUCAGGCCAACUUUGCAGUUGAGAAGCUGAAGCGCAUGCAAAGCGAGGUCAGCAACAUUAUCGAUCAGGUUGUGUAUCAGCAGUCUCGGCUGGACUACCUGCUGGUGCACAAAGCCGCCAUGGAUCAUCAAAACGCUGAUCCUGGUUCAUUUCAGGCCAUCGUCUCUGUGGGAGCAGAGAAGGACAAAAAGCCUAAGCUGAAGGCUGGAGCCACCUUGCCAUCCAGGCAGAUGACGGAGCGCACGCCAGGGCCGGAUUCCGGUGCUGAAGCAUCUCAUGCGCCAGACUCAUCCGACGAAGUGAACACAUCGCGUAUCGCCAGAUUGGGAAAGAAGCUGGUGGAUCUUGACGGCCAGGUCCACCGAAGCAUCACAGAAGUGAAAGCAGAUAUCGAGUCCGUCAACCAGACGCUGCUGUCGUUCCUGGAGUUCCUGCCCCGUCGACUGCGAAGGAUGCUUCAAAAGCAGCUGUUUCCAGACCCAGAGGAGGAAGUGGAAGCUGUCAAGACAGAGACCAAGCAUAAUGACAACAAGAAAGUGAACUUCUCAGAUCAUGUAGAGACGCGCACCUUCCUCGUUGAGGACGACAGUCGGCUUCCGUGGCAAUUGGUUGGUGAGGCAGAUAUCAAGUGGAGCUGGUGCUUCAAGCCAAGAGACGAGAUGGGCAGGGAUCUCGCCAUGUGUCUCCAGCAGUUCGACAACGAUCGAGAAGAGUUCGAGGCCAAGGUUGUGCAGUGGAUUGGAGGCGGAAUGGCUGGAGUUGGCAGCCUGCCGCUGCGCAGUUCGAUGGCUGUUGGAAGCUUCCGGGACAACCUUUCACUUGACGGCCUCAUGAGUAUGAGCAUGGGCAUGGGUGGCUUUGACGACGUGGGAGUUGCAGGGCCGCAGCUGCUUCAUUUUGAGGAACGCCUGGAAAGGCUUGGCACGGAGCUCUUCAACAUGAAGAGGGCCCAGGAUGUGGAUCACGUUCGCAAAGUUGAUAAAGAAGAUCUCCAACAGGUGGUUGCGCGCCUGGGGGCAAUCGAGAAGCUGAACGUCCCAGAUCUGAAGAUCCGGAUAGAGGCACUCGAGGGGGACACAAAAUUCAAUGCGCAGAAUCUGGUGGAAGUCAGAGAGAAGCUCUUCAAGGUUGAGUCAGUAGCAGCGCCGCGUUCUGAGCUCACGAAGGUGCAGACCGGAUUCGAGGAGAUGAGGUCUGAUCAUCAAGCUAUGAAGGUCGAGCUGAAGGAAGCGUCAGCCUCCAUGUACAACUCCAAUCGCAAGUUCAUCCACGAGCUUCAAGAGGUGAAAGCUUGGACGCAGAACUCGAUCGCUGUCCUACAUAAGCAAAAGGUGGAGGUCCCAGAUCUGGCCGCCAUCACAGACAAGGUCCUCAAGCUGGAGCAGUCGAUAAAGGAUAACCGACGAAUUCUUGGAGAUGGUGGAGGGCAGGAGCUCAAUGCUGUCGUGAGACGCAUCAUUUUGAAUCUCGAGGACAAAAUCAUGGUGCUUGAGAAGAAGAUUGAUGCUUUGGCAGACGGGCGCUCUCACAAGGACAUUGCACGAAAUGAGUCGCCGGCCUGCAAGCACCAGCACGGCGCCAGUUUCCAGUCCUCGGAGAUGCAGGAGGCUGCUAUGCAAUCUAUGAGCGAGGAGUUGACGGCCAUGACAGAUGCGGUAGCGCGACUGAAGCAGGACAUCUCCGUGAGCAAGGUUCACAUCGAUGAAAUGGCCGAGCAGGGACAGCAGAAUCUGGAGUUGGCCAGCCGGCUGCACGUCUAUGUGCAAAGCAGCUCCAUUGAAGGUAUGGAUGAUGAGGGCACUGCCUUAUCCUUGAACCGAGUGCAGGUGAUGAUCGCAGCCGCGGCUCGGCAGCUCGUGGCUGGCAAUAAAUGGAUAACCAAAGAGAUCUUCGACAGCCGGCUAGACCAGAUUCGGGGUGAGUACCUGAAAGAGUUACGGCAGAUCCAGGCAAGGCUUGAAGACCAAUCCGGCUCCAAGGCCUUGCAAGGCGUCACGCCGGUGGUUACAGUCUCCUCCAAGCUGCCCAAGAUGAUGUUGCAGCACAUGCCCAAUGAGGCCUCUGCAGGCAUGCAUGCAGAGGCGCCAGAUCGGCUGGGAACCGCUCCGGCUGGCCGGACUAGAGCAAUUCCUGCAAUUGCACUACCCCUCAGCGCGCGGAGCGGCGGCCUGCGCCCGGCCACUGUGGAUAGCAGGCCCAGAAAAGGACGGGAUCGAUGA